AUGUGGACACCAGGUAUGCAAAGCAUAUUAAGAAUUUCUAGGGUACCACGGCGGUCGACUGUGAUGACAUGGACUGCGGAAUGUUUUAAUAAUGGAAUAAAAAAGGCGUUGUUAAUUUUAUUAUUAUGGACCUUAAUAUGCCGACCUGGUGAGUGUUUGGAUGGCAGCGCACACAAAACCAAUCAACUUGAGCAUGACAACAACAGCAGUAAUGCCAGUAAUUUGUAUGAACAGCCGAGGAUCAACGACGUAGGCGACAAUUUGGCCAUUACACCAACCCACCAGUCACCAGUAGGCAGUGAACUGCUGACUGCGGCAGAGUGGCACGAUUCGGAUGACGAGCAGCGUCUGAUGGAAGAUGAUCAAUUCAGUAAAAUUAAUAAAACUUUAAAUAGUUUGAUAACAACCAAUGAGGGACCCUGGAGUAGGGUUGAAGAGCAGGAAACGCGCAAAUUAUUUAAACGUGACUUAGCGAAAGCGGGAAAGCGGAAAGCAGCAGAGCAAAAAUCAAUAGGAAAACGCACCACAAUGGACUCUUGGGAUGAAGCGCAAAAGGAUGGCUCAAAUUAUGCUGUGCCAGAGCAAAUAACUGGAAUGCAGGCAACAAAAAUGUUGGAAGCAUCCAUUAAUGGCGACGGUAAAAUAAAUGAGCACCAAAAUGCGAGAAAUAAUGGAAAUUGCAAUACCAAGCGGCCAGAGGUUGUUGACACCAUAUGUGCCACGACGAAGGUAGCAGCAACAACACAACUACCAAUAGCAACAGCAACAAAUGAAUUUACGGAAACACCUGCAUUGGCGGAUUUACCACUACCCGAAGAGCAGCAGCAAAACGUGGAUGGAAAAAUGGCACAAAAUAGCGCAGCGCGAGCAGAUGAUGAUGAAGCACACGGCGAUGCGCUGGUGGCGUCGCACGAGCCACGACCAGUGGAUGUGACAGCCGUGCUGCAGCAGCAGUUAAUUUAUGAAUUUGCAAUUAAAUACAAGCAUAUACCGCGUGUCACGUUCUUCACAUGUCGCUGGCUAAGUGGCGGACGGGUGCAGGGCGCACCAAUGACAUACUUAAAUAUGCAGACUGUGGAAAUAUUGCAGCGCAUGUAUGGCAAUAGGGGAGCGGGCGGAUUCAGGUCAAAUACCGAUGCAACAAUGGCAAAAUCAGCCGCCGACAAGGCACCAACAAAAGCAAAUGCAACGAAAACACCAUCAUCAGUUGCGCCAAAAAUGACAAGCGUUGCCGACAUAAGUGUGGGGCAAGCGAGAGGUAAUAGUAGAACUAAUAGUCAAUGUACUACCACUACAGCUACGCUAACGAACGCAACCAAAAUGGCGACCGGAAAUAUAUUGAAGCGCGGAAAAGGAAAUAUCAGACGUGACGCAGGUGCUGCUGCUGCUGCCGGUGAUGUCGCUUCGCAGGGGGACAUUUUAAUUAAAGUUGUGCAUAUCGAUCAAUUAAUCAAUAAACGCCCAGCUACCGCCAAUAAUAAAAAUACCAACAACAACUACAAUUGGUAUCGAUCGGCGGGUGUGGGCGAUGCUGGAUUUGGUCGCACACGCAAUGCGUACAGGAAUGCAAAUUGGCUGGCGCAGGCAUUGGGCGGUGAUGGCAGCCGACAGAUUGUUGUGUUGAAUUUGGCAUGCGGCGCAGCUAGUCGGCGGCUGCUCGAAAUGGCAUCGAAUAAAGCUUUGUUCAACUCAACCUAUCAUUGGCUGCUGAUUGAGGAUUAUACAUUUAAUCGGCAAACUGGCUACGAUGGCAACGACAAGAGCGAACAUCAGAAUAAUGAGCAAGUCAAGAACAGCAACAACAACAAAAACACUAACGACUACAGUGAUAACGACGACAGCGACAGGCUUGCUGGCAAGUAUUUUCAACAAAAGCAAUCGCAGCAGCUGCAACAGAGCAAAAUAUCAGCAACAUCUACAGUUGCUAUCGGCGCUGCCGGCUAUGCUACCACUUUUGCCACCACUACCAAUAACGAGCAUGACAUGGAAAUUAUUGAGAAGUACCUCGAAAAAAUCAACAUCAAUAUAAAUACUGAGUUAAUAUUGGCAAAACGGCACACACGGCGUAUACGUGACGACGACGCUAUGAGAGGAACUGCUUGUAGGCUGCGUGCGGGCAGGCACUGCACGUUUGACAAUGAAAGCGCUACUAUUAAUACACUUCAAACGAAGGAUUACUACCAGCUUUAUGAUAUUUGGAGUCCAGGACUACAAUAUGGCGGCCAAUUGAACAUUUCGGAAAUUGGAUAUUUCGCACUUGAUGAUGGUCUACAAAUUGCCCUUUGGUAUCGAAGAUCGACCACAAUUACAAGACGAAUGGACAUGAAGAUGGCACGCAUCCGUUGCUUGAUUGUGGUAACAAAUAGAAAUCACACCGAUUCUCUGGAGCAUUACAUAACCACACCCUAUGACGCGCAUCUGGAUUCUAUGAAUCGCUUCAAUUUUGCUUUGCUUUCGAACGUAAGGGAUUUGUUCAAUUUCAGUUUUGUGCUGUCGAAGACCGCCUCCUGGGGCUACCUGAAGAAUGGCAAAUUCGAUGGGAUGAUUGGAGCGCUGGUACGCAAACAAACGGAUAUUGGUGGUUCGCCGAUUUUCUUUCGCAUCGAACGUGCCAAAGUGAUUGAUUACACGACACGGACGUGGGUGGCCAGGCCCUGCUUCAUAUUUCGACAUCCGCCAAGUACGACAAAGGAUCGCAUUGUGUUUUUGCAACCCUUCUCAAAUACCGUUUGGAUUUUAUUGGGACUUUGUGGCAUCUUUACCAUAUGCUUACUGUGGCUAUUGUCCAGGGUAGAGAGACGUUUGGACGCUUUUGGUGUAGUAAAACGAUUGGGCCACAUAACAAGCGCCAGCAAGCGCGGCAAUAGCAUCGACACCGUCAAACAACAGAACACAAUCGGCGGUAAUGAUGAACUACCAGGACGUUGCAAUUCCACACGGACGGCGAUAAGAGGCAGCACAAUGCAUUACUGCAGCUCCUGCAUUGCCUUGGUUAGUCUAACAAAAGAGCAACGGAAACAAAAGCUGGGAAAGUUGGUCCAACAGCGAAAAGCAGACGGGCGGAAGGACGUGAAGCGUAUUAGCUGCAGGCAUUGCAUGCUCUGGUGCGGCAAUGCGUGCUGCGGCCAGACAGGCUCCGAUGUGGCACAACAAGGUUUCGGCUUGCUUUUCGAGUCAGUGCUCUUCUACGUUGGCUCCAUUUGCCAGCAAGGACUGACAUUUUCGACAAGUUUCUUUUCGGGUCGCUGCGUUGUUCUGACUAGUCUAUUGUUCGCCUUUGCUAUCUAUCAAUUCUAUUCGGCCAGCAUUGUGGGCACUUUGCUAAUGGAAAAACCAAAAACGAUACGAACACUGCGUGAUCUGAUACACAGUUCACUGGAGGUCGGUGUGGAAGACAUUGCCUACAAUCGUGAUUUCUUUUUGCGCACCAAUGACCCUGUGGCUAUUGAAUUGUACGCCAAGAAGGUGAACAGUAUACCACUGAGUGGUGAAACGCUUGCUGAGACAGCAGGUAGAAAUGCAACAGUGCCACAAAUGUCUGGGGUACCCGGCUCCCAACCAAACGUAGUACUUACCGAGGCGCAAAAGGCCAAAGCUUACAGGGACAUAUUGCAUAGUCAUGUGACGGGUGCGCACGCCAAGACGAAUGAUGCAUCCAAUUGGUAUGAUCCGGAUUAUGGUGUGAAUAAGAUACGUAAAGGAAAAUUUGCAUUUCACGUGGAUGUGGCGACUGCAUAUAAAAUUAUUGCCGACACAUUCAACGAAAAAGAAAUUUGCGAACUAACAGAGAUUCAACUAUUUCCGCCACAAAAAAUGGUCAGCAUCGUGCAAAAGGGUUCCCCAUUACGUAAAAUGAUUACAUACGGUUUACGGCGUGUCACGGAAACCGGUCUAAUGGAUUAUCAGCGAAAAGUGUGGCAUUCUCCGAAACCGCGCUGUGUUAAACAAAUACAUACAGAUGAUUUGCGGGUCGACAUACAAACCUUUGCAUCAGCACUUUUGGUUCUUAUCUUUGGCUGUGCAGUUAGUUUACUGGCACUCAGCAUUGAGCUUAUACAACAUAAAUUAUGGCAACGCUACACCGAGCAGACAGAAGAAGAAUAA